GAUUUCUUCUUCCUGGCCACUGUGUCAUAUGACUCCAUCGGUUCAUCCGCUCUCAUCGCUGAUCUGUUUACACACAGACACUCGAAUUAAUUUAAAGCAAAAAUUAUAACAAUGGCCACAUUAUUAGCCAACAGGCCCGUGGAUCUCAACGGCCCACAAGCGGCGGCACGGGAGCACGCGCAAGCGGUGGUCAGAAACUACAUUUCCCAACCCAGACUGACCUACUCUACUGUGUCUGGUGUAAAUGGGCCACUGGUUAUCUUGGACAAUGUCAAAUUUCCACGUUAUGCAGAGAUUGUGCACUUGACUCUACCUGAUGGGACCAAGAGGAGCGGUCAGGUGUUGGAGGUCAUCGGCACCAAAGCUGUCGUCCAGGUAUUUGAAGGGACCUCAGGUAUUGAUGCUAAGAAGACCGCAUGCGAGUUCACCGGUGACAUCUUGCGAACACCCGUCUCAGAGGAUAUGCUCGGACGUGUCUUUAACGGGUCAGGUAAACCCAUUGACAGGGGACCUGUUGUGCUGGCUGAGGAUUACUUGGACAUCAUGGGUCAACCCAUCAACCCUCAGUGUCGUAUCUACCCCGAGGAGAUGAUCCAGACUGGCAUCUCUGCCAUAGACGGCAUGAACAGCAUCGCCCGUGGACAGAAGAUCCCUAUUUUUAGCGCCGCUGGAUUACCACAUAAUGAAAUUGCUGCUCAGAUCUGUCGUCAGGCUGGUUUGGUGCAGAAAUCCAAAGACGUGAUGGACUACAGUUCAGAUAACUUUGCUAUCGUCUUUGCUGCUAUGGGGGUUAAUAUGGAAACCGCACGUUUCUUCAAGUCAGACUUUGAGGAGAAUGGAUCUAUGGACAACGUGUGCCUCUUUUUGAACCUGGCCAACGAUCCUACCAUUGAACGCAUCAUCACCCCGCGUCUGGCUCUGACCACAGCCGAGUAUCUGGCCUAUCAGUGCGAGAAACACGUGCUGGUCAUCCUCACCGACAUGAGCUCCUAUGCAGAGGCUUUGAGAGAGGUGUCUGCUGCCCGCGAAGAAGUGCCGGGUCGUCGUGGUUUCCCAGGGUACAUGUACACUGAUCUUGCUACAAUCUACGAAAGAGCUGGAAGAGUGGAGGGCAGAAAUGGAUCAAUUACCCAGAUACCCAUUCUGACCAUGCCUAAUGAUGAUAUCACUCAUCCGAUUCCCGAUCUUACGGGAUACAUCACAGAGGGACAGGUGUAUGUAGACAGACAACUGCAUAACAGACAGAUCUAUCCACCCAUCAACGUGCUUCCGUCUCUCUCUCGUUUGAUGAAAUCUGCUAUCGGCGAGGGCAUGACUCGCAAAGAUCACGCCGAUGUCUCUAACCAGCUGUAUGCUUGUUAUGCCAUUGGUAAAGAUGUUCAGGCCAUGAAGGCUGUGGUGGGUGAGGAAGCGUUGACCUCUGAUGAUCUGCUGUACCUGGAGUUCCUGCAGAAGUUUGAGAAAAACUUCAUUGCUCAAGGUCCCUAUGACAACAGAACUGUGUUUGAGACACUGGAUAUUGGUUGGCAGCUACUCCGAAUCUUCCCUAAAGAAAUGCUGAAGAGAAUUCCUCAGAGCACGAUAGCCGAGUUUUAUCCCAGAGAGUCUGCUGCACGCCACGGCACCUCCUAAGACCUCUACGAACUUCAGGAGGCCCUGGCCAAGGUCACAUGACCUCUUUUCCCCCAAAACACCUCAUCUCUGACCCCUGUGUAACCGUGAAACAGAUUACAAUGGUAUUUAGAUGAUUGGGACAUAGCUCUGAGUUACGACACAUUUGUGAAGCACACAUACAAAUAAUGAUUUAAAAAAAUACGGCUUUAAGUAAUGUGUUAUGAAACCCACGUGUUAUGGCCUACAGAGAUUAUUCAUGUGUCCUUUUGUUGUGUUAUACAUGGUUAUGUGUGUUGUAUUUUUAGAAUGUCUACCAUUGUGAUUGUCUACCAUAUUUUAUGUUUGCUUUUGUCUUUGCUAACCGUUUUGUUUCUGAGAUGCAGAAACGUUUAGAUGUAGAUUUUCUUUCUUUUUUGAUAAAAAAAUUUCUGGCAGUUCACUGUUCCCAGUCUAAAGAGGAUGUUCAAAACAUUUAGGGAAAUAAUCAUGGCUUACUUGCACAGUGGUGUGUUUCCCAUUUCCUUUAUUCGGCACUGUACCAAACACACAAUCUUACCAUCCUUACAAUCAUUCCAGUGUAUUUGAUAAAACUUGAUUUAACUCUUAACUAAUCAUUUACUAGCCAUCCUUUGACAUUUUUGUUUUUAUUUAUUUUAAUGUACGAAACACUCUCAAAUAAAAGGCUGUACACCAAACAUCAAUCUGUGUUGACAGACAGGUAAUUGUAGGUGAUGAAUGAUCAUAUAGUGUGCGGUUAUCACUGACAGCCCUUAUUUCCCUUUCCUAGAAGAUGGAGGGUGUUUAUAGCAUAUGUGCUUUCAAAUGAACGAUGAACGAUUAAACUUUCCCAUGUCUUGUUUUGUGUGCAUAAAUGUGUUUGACCUGUGUUGCUGUUAAACCUGUCAAACCUCUCAGAUAAAAUAAAUUAUAUUAUAAUUGUGAUUGA